UUUUUUUACUGCCGUUGAUGGCACUGCGAAUUGCGGCCAACGCUGGUUGCGACAGCUGCACCGCCCUGUGGUUCCCGUUUUCGUCUUCUGCUGGGUGGUUUAUAGGUGCUUCAUAAGUGAUGUUUAAUAUAAACAAACUGCUGACUAAGAUUUCCGAUGCGAAGAACCAGAGUCCGACGAAGCCCCCAAGCCCGCCGGAGGCAUCGGAAUCUAAUGGAGCUAACGAAGCAAGCGCCGAGGGGUUCCUGUGCCCAUCCUGCCUGCGGGCCUUCCCGUCAGCUGAUGCACUGCAGGAUCACUACGAGACAAGCCACGGCAGUGGUCUGGAGGUUGUGUGUCCAACCUGCCGCAUGCGGCUUGGCUCCGAGGUCGAGCUUGAGAGCCACUGCGCCCGCCACCACGCGGCAGCACCACCAGACACCGAGCCGGCAGCCGUGGAGCAACUUCAGCGCGAACUGUCGGCCCUGCAUGCAUCCCUUCGCGAGGAGCGUUCCUGUUCUGAGGAACUGCGGACGGAGGUAUCAAGAUUACACGGUGCCAUUGUCAGCAAGGGAGACUCGGUCGAGGCGGAGAUGCUGAGGUCCCAAGUGCGAGCCCUGGAAGAGGGGAAGGCGCUCUUGACUUCAGAGUUGGUGCUAGCAAGGCAGCAGUUGGGGAAUGACUUGCAGCAGGCACGUGUGGAAGCUACUCAGCUGAGGGCACAGUUGGAACAGCUGCUACAGUCACAACCGCCAGUCGUAGAGAAACUAUCACAGAGCAUGCAGACUGAAGCUGAAAGUCCUCCAGAGCCAGUACCAGAGGUGUGCCGACGAGACGCCCAGGUGCAGGCAUUCAUAGCAGAUACCUCAGUGGCAACUGAGGUCAGCAAAGAGAAUGACAGCCGUGCAGCAGCCCUAGCUGCUCUGACAGCUGAGAAGCAGACACUUCAGCUCAAGCUGGAAGAAGCCGACCGGCGCCUUGCCGAAACUCGAGCGCGUGCGGAAAAGAGGGAGAUGCAACAGCGAGAGGCCUUGGAGAGGAGCGAUGCUGAACGGCAACGGCUGCUACAGGAGGUGGAAGCUGGUCGAUCCGAGCGGGAAUCACUCACAACGUCCCUGGAGGUUGCCAAGCAGGGCCUGGCUGCUGCAGCGACACGCACCGAGGAACUGGAGUCGGAACUGGUGGUGGAGCGACAGCGUGGGGAUUCUGAACUACAAGCCCGCCAGGCAGAGGUGGAUGAACUGCGAACCCAGGUGACUCAACUGUCGGCAGUUGAGGCAGCUCUCCGUGACUCGGCACAGGCGGCUCAGGCACAGCUCGCCGACUAUCGCGCCCAGGCCGAGAGCAAUGCAGAGCAGGCUGCACGGCUAGCUGGACAGCUCAGGGAGCGCGAGUCUGAGCUGGCGACGUGUCGGGAACAACUGGUGACCUGUCAGCGGGAGGCUCAGGCAAGCCAUGAAGAACUCGUGGCCGGCCGCGCUGAGAAGGUUGAGCUAGCACAGGCCGUGCAGGCGCUGCACCAAGCCAAGAGUCGCCUGGCUGACCAACUUUCUGCGCUCGAACUCGAGGUGGGAAAUCUUCGCAACAACCAAGUGGCGCUCGAGGCCGACAGGGCGGCGUUCGAGGCGGAGGUUGAAAACCUGCGCAAGAGCCACGCGGAAGUGGAGGCCAGCCGUGCCACGCUCGAGACUCUGCUAGCCGAGCUUCAACGACAGUGCGACCAGCAGGCCGCUGAGCAUCAGCAGGCGCUUCAGGGUCUACAGGCAGAGCUGGCACGGGCACAGAACAAGGCGCAGCAGGCAUGCUCGGAACUGGAAGUGGAGCAGCAGCGCAGUGCCCGACAAGAGGCAGCGCUGGAGGCUUUGCGGGAGCAGCUGGCGUCCGAGCAGGCCAAUCGUCAAACUGCCCAGACUCAGCUUGACUCAGUCCAAGGAGACAAGCUAGAGCUUGAGGCAAAGUUGGAAAAUGCACUGGACGAACGGAGAGCCCUGCUGGACCGAUGUCUGCGUAGUGAGGGCGAAGCUGAAACUUUAAGAACCAAUGCUGCCGAUUUGAGACGCCGUUUGGAUGACUCAUUGGCCGCUUUGCACGAGUUGGGCCGAGAGAACCAGCUGCUGCAGAUGGACAAUGCCAAGCACCAAGGCCGAAAGUGGGCCGAUGACUCGCAAGUCACUCACUGCACUGGGUGCGAGAAGCUCUUCACUGUCACCAUCCGAAAGCACCACUGCCGAAACUGUGGCAACAUCUUUUGCAACGAGUGCUCGGCAAAGAAUGCGGCCACCGCGUCGUCCAGGAAGCCCGUCAGAGUGUGUGAUAACUGUUACAGUGAACUGACCAAAUGAAUGACCCCCACCGCAACUCCAAAAACUUAUUCAUCGACGCACGUGUGCUUGUCGAAGGCGUGCGGCACAACGGGACAUAGCGUGCUCCUGUUUACAUGUAGUGCAAUCUGUUUUGCGGCCAACUUUGUGCAGCUGUGUUUUUUGGAACUGCUAAACAUCGUGUCUCUACAGUCGCCAUCGGGAACGCCAUGCACAGAGUUUUGCGAAGUGUGCCGAUAAGUGCAUUUCACAUCAAGUGCCAUCUUGAGUUCCUAGCUUGCCAUCUUUUAUUGUGACGGGGACUUGGUGCACAUAGAAUCAAAUCACGCUGCGAGAGCCUGCCUGCAAAAAGGUUACGGGUGCAGUCUUACUAAUCUUUUUCACAGAUUAUCUAUUGAACUGAAAUGUAGAUAUUAUCGUGUUUGAGCUUCUGCCUGUAGUCAUAUGUACCUUGUUAUCUGGUCACGUUGACGGAUUUGUCGUAGUGAACAUUUUUUUUUAGCCAUAGAGCAAGAGUGUGUACUGCAUAACAGUGGAUGUUAGGGCUUGUUUGAAAGAUAUGAACGCUGUAGGUAGCACAUAUAGCGCAUGCGAACUGUUUGCUUUUCUAGACUAACCGAAUAAAAUU